AUGGACUAUGCACCUCAUGGCUAUAUCGUCAAGAUCAGUGAUUUUGGUUUGGCCAAAAUUCGGCAAGAAACAAGUCGACAGACUACUGAAAGUAAUAAACAACUAGUAGGAGCAGGCACGCUUCAAUGGAAAGCACCUGAAUUGCUAAAAUUUGGUAAACCGUCGAAGGCGAGUGAUAUCUAUAGCUUAGGUAUCGUCUUUUGGGAAUUAGCUACUGGGUUUGUGCCCUAUGACGAGUUAGACGAAGCAACUAUUAGCCAAGGUGUCAAAGCAGGAGAACGGCUUGAAAUUCCAAAUGAUGUUCCGCCUACUUUUGCAUCAAUCAUCUCGAAUGCAUGGAGUCAAGAGCCGAGCAAGCGACCGACUGCUCAACAGCUCAUCGAGCAGAUUAUAACUAUUUCACCUGCUACAACGAAGAUAGUGGUGAUGUGA